UUGGUCUUGGACUCGGCAUGAUCCGGAACCAAUGCAUGGAGUAAACACUUUGGACUAACACAAUCCAGACUGAGAAAUCAUUUCCUGAUGUAUUUGGAAAACUCUGAGCAAAGUAAAGUCUCCGGGGAAGGGGAGCCGUCUACUCGGGCCAUGCUUGCUGAACAAUGCCAGGUUCCUAAAUUAACAGAAGUUGCCGAUUUAACCAGCCUUUCAAAGGGUGCUGAUCUUGGCAUACAGGGCCUUGUGGAAUAUACUGAGCAAACUGUUGUGAGCAGAGAAAUGGACCCUUCUAUCCUUUGCGUGGAACAUUGCAACACGGAUAGAGAUGAGACUGAAUCCUAUAGCAAUGGACACUCUGAGGGCUUUGAGCAAUACUCAGACGGAUUUUUUGAAACGGACCAGAUCCUUGAUCACUGUCAGACUUCGGGGUUAAGCCAACCAUUUGACGACUGCGAGUGUUUUAAACCUCACAAGUCCUCUGAACACUGUGCUAAUCAUAGUUUAGCUUGCAAAUGUAGUUCUUGCUGUGAACACUGUGCACAACACCUCCAAUUAUUUCAGCAAUGCAAGCCCUCUGCCCAACAGUUUGAGUCUUUUGACUUUGAGCCAGAUACAUUGGCAGUGAACUGUGACAGUUUUGGGCAGUGUGAAAUGUCUAAUUUCACACCUGAAUGCACAGAUCACCUGGAGUUCCUGCAACAGUACGAGCCUUCUGAUCAGCAGUGUGAGUGCUCUGACUCUGAGCUAGACACAUCAACAGAGGACUCUCAGCAAUGUGAAAUGACUGAUGGUUUCACACCCAACAUCUCUGACUCUGUGGACUUAUUGGACUGUGGCACUGAACUUUGUGAGUAUGAUGAAUGCACCAACGAUAGUGAUGAAGAGAGCUGUCCACCUGAACAAGAGGGCGAGCAGAAUGAAACGGAGCCUAUUGAUGACGAGCCCUGCACUUUAUCAGAGGAUGUAAACUCUGCACAUUUCGAAACACCUGUUCAUGUUUAUUUUGAUGACCAUGAAGAUGUUGCCUCUUCAAGCGAAUGCUGUGAUAUACACCAGCUCACUGAGGAAAACUCUCCGCAAGCCACUGCAUUAGACCUGUCCACAGAUCACUGUGAAAUGGAUUACUCUGAAACAAACCAACAAGGUGCUACUUCAGAGCAGUGUUCUGAUCAGACCUCCGAGUUUAGCACCGAAGACGGUUCCUCAGAUUGCUCUUCUAUUGAAACCAAAUCCUUUAAGACUUGUCCUGACGACAGCAUUUCUUCAAAUAACUGCUCUGUUUCUUCUGGGGACUCCGAAAAAGAAACUCAGGAAGACUCCAGUGAUGAGCAAACGCAGUGGGAAUCCUUUGAAGAUGAUGACGAAAUGGAGCAAAACAAUAUUAACGGAAGUAAUGAGGAUAAAAAUAAAACCCCCACGGCUGAUAUUAUUAUUGAGGAUUACUUUGAUUUAUUUGACAGCGGCGACUAUCACGGAAACGCGUUUGCACAAAAGCAACGUUACAUCUCGUGCUUCGACGGGGGAGAUAUCCACCACCGCCUCCAUCUUGAAGAAGUUGAAUCCGAGGGGCAGAAACUUUCCUAUAAAUGUAAAGAAAUCAAUGAGGAAAUUCAUGAGGAAACGGAUACAUGUCUUGAUGCUCCUGACGAAGAAUAUGAAGAUACUUAUGAGGAAGAUGCAAGUCAGAGAGAUGAGUCCUCUUCAGAGUCAGAGGAACAACCAGAAGACUGGAUUGUAGAAUCAGAAUCAAGUUUAGCAGGCGAUGAAGUUGAAGAAAAUGAAUCGGAAGCUCAUGGCCUUUAUUCAGAGAAUUGUGAGGAAGCAGAGGAAGAUGAGGACACUGUGUUUGAUGGCCAUGUGUCUGAAAUCUGUAAUAAUAAUGAAGAAGAAGAAAAUGAAGAUUAUGUAGAAGAAGAAGUCUGCCUGUCCUCUGGUAAUGAGGAGAGUAUGAGUGCGCCAUGUUCAGAGGACAUCUCUGUCGAAGGUGAUGCUUAUGAAGAUGAAGUCUCUUUUGCUCAUAAUUAUGAAUCUCUUUAUACCAUUGAACAUUUACAGACAACUGUUGUUGUUACUGAGCCUGAAGACAAAGUAUUUAUUGCAUGUUCAGAAAUGGAGCCAUAUUGGUCACUCGUAGAGCAGGAGGAAUAUGGAGAAAUGUGUGAGCCAGGCGUUGAGGAAUACUACGCAUAUCAGAUUAAAAGCCUUCCGUCAUCUGUUAAACAAACCCUGAAUGGAUUUAUUAUGGACGGAAGAUUGUACAAUCAGGUAAUCCAUAGGGAUGAUUCAAGGAAUGAAAGAGAAGAUGCUCUUUUGUCCCUGAAGGAGUUACAGGCUUACACAGAGGAGUUCGACGCAGUCCAACUUGGAUUAACUGACGUUGAACUGAGUGAGAAUUUAGCCACCGGCUCUGUUGUGGAAAAAACAACCAACAAACAAACUCCAGAAUCUGGCAAUGAAUGUGGAUUCAGUGACAUUUCAAGAGUAAUCCAACCUACUUUAGAUCUUAUUCACAGUGUUUCACAACUUGCAAAAAAGGAGUACAAGCUGGUCACAGGGACCGAGGAAAACAAGGCCACCGAAGAAGGCACGGAUUCAGAAGAGGAGCAGAGUGACGAUGAAUCCUCUGAGCCUUGUGAAUGCGAGUACUGCAUUCCACCAAUAGAGGAGGUUCCAGCGAAACCGCUGCUCCCACGGAUGAAAUCGAAUGAUGCAGGGAAGAUCUGUGUGGUCAUUGAUUUGGAUGAAACACUAGUGCAUAGUUCAUUUAAGCCAGUGAACAAUGCUGAUUUUAUCAUUCCAGUGGAAAUUGAUGGAACAGUUCACCAGGUGUAUGUGUUAAAGAGACCCCACGUUGACGAAUUCCUCAAGAGGAUGGGAGAAUUGUUCGAGUGCGUCUUGUUCACAGCAAGCUUAUCAAAGUACGCCGAUCCUGUGUCGGACCUGUUGGACAAGUGGGGGGCCUUCCGGUACCGUCUGUUCCGGGAGUCGUGUGUCUUCCACAAAGGGAACUACGUAAAAGACAUGAGCCGUUUAGGAAGAGACCUCAACAAGGUCAUCAUCAUCGAUAACUCCCCGGCCUCCUACGUCUUCCACCCCGACAACGCAGUUCCUGUAGCGUCCUGGUUUGACGACAUGUCAGACACCGAGCUCCUUGAUCUUAUCCCCUUCUUUGAGAGACUAAGCAAAGUGGAGGACGUCUAUGAAGUUCUCCAGCAGCAGAGGACUUCGAGUUAACGGAGGCAGGACAAUAGGAUGAAAAUAAUCAGCAGCAGCUGUCAUCACGGGGCCACGGAGGCUGGUGGGCCACAGGCUCCACGCUGCUUCCAACUACAAGGACCACACUGCAAAUAGUGCCUCUCAUUUAAUCUCGUAUUCUUACAGUAUAUUACAUACAAAACGUUCAAAUAAUCUUCCAGCAGGGUUAGGUACUUCAGCAUUGAAAGUUAUCUAAUCCAAACAUUUCUUUUUCUUUUUCUUUUGUAAUGCUAGAUAAAGACUGGACAUGAGAUUGAAUGACUUGUGUAGAUAUCCUUUGCAGUGCAGAUACUGUGUUGCUGUUCUGUUGUGCUGCAAACCUAGAUUGUGUGAACAGCUGUUCAGUGCUAUUCUACACAUGAACCACGGCAGUCAUUUUCAUUUCACAUCAUGUGUAAUAGUAUUGGAAGCUCUUGCACAGAAUUUAACACGUCAUUGAAGACUGUUUCUUAAACCCCAUUAACUUCUUUUUUGUUUUGCCUAAAAUGGCCAAAUGUGUAUGUAGUAAAAGACAAUCAUUAACUUUAGAGAAUUUUGGUUUAAUAUUUUCUAUAAAAUGUUGUUGCACAUUACAAAACACACGUUUUUGAUGUGCUCCAAAUACUGUGCACUUACUGUAUGCAUGUUGUAUGAUGACGUUGAUCCAAUCUUGCAAAGUGAAGCGAUGGAGUUCCUUUUUAAUUCAUUUUUUUAUAUUUUUACCUCCAAUGGCCUUAAUACACCAUCUUAGUUUGUGGGAGGAAUUUGGAUCUAAAAACAUAACGUAUACUUCAGCUUUUGCCUUAAGAUCAAAAAGAAACUGGAACAGUAAUCAUGGAAAUCCACCUCCAUUGACCCUCCAUCACUACUUUACAGAUGGGUCAGGUUGGAUUAUUAAUAUGACUGGCAUCUAAUCAUAAAUGUGUAAUAACCCUUUUAUAUGUUGUGUUUAUGCCCAGUCCGGUCACACGACACCCUGAUCCUAUUAUUCAUUAGUUCACCUCAUCCUUGCAUACCCACACAUCUUUCUAAAGCUCAAUAUAAGACCUAUGGAAUCAGCAGCCUUCAGAAACCCGAUUGCACACUGAUCGGACCUUUCACACGCAGAGACUCGCCACAGCAGAAAUGGGGAUAUUAUUGCGUCGAUCAGGAUUUUAGGCAAUUAUUUAGAUUUGUUUUUAAAUUAAUUUUACCUAAUGUUUUCUUUUUUUGAGUUUUCAGUGGAAUUGGCCACCACAGUGUGCGGCCCAUCAAUAUUACAAUAGCGUUCAUGUUGCAGGAGGAGGCUGUAACCUGCUACGGCAACUUCCAUCCGUUUGGUUUGAAAGCACACUUUGAUCGGUAAACCUUUCUGUGUAAAACAUUACUGGGGGGGGGGGAUUGUUCUGCCGUAUCGAGCUGUAAAUACAUUUUUGUGGACAAACUUGUGUCAGACGUGUUGGAGCUGUCCUGGUUUACUUUCACUCAGUGUGUGUGUGUGUGUGUGUGUGUGUGUGUGUGUGUGUGUGUGUGUGUGUGUGUGUGUGUGUGUGUGUGUG